AUGAAGAAGGAGGGCCUGGCAUUGUCAUUAGCGAUAUGUGUUUUCGGACUCUAUAGCACAUUCCUCACUUGGUCCAUCUUGCAAGAGCGUAUCAAUACUACACCAUACGGUAAUAAUGAAUAUUUCCGAGCACCACUAAUUAUAAAUAUUGUUCAAGCAUUACUUGCCUCGAUAGUGGGAUUGAUAUACACGACAGUCACCUCAAAAUCCUCACCAUUUGAUGUGUUUACGCAAAAUGGGAACCAGGGAUGGCAAGUAUUUAAGUCACUAAUUUUAAUAUCAAUUUGUUCAAGUAUUGCAUCUCCGGUAGGGUAUAAAUCGUUGGCCCAUUUGGAUUAUUUGGCAUAUUUAUUGGCCAAAUCAUGCAAGUUAAUACCAGUAAUGUUAGUGCAUUUCACAUUAUACAAGACUAGGUUCCCGUUAUUUAAAUACGUUGUUGCACUGUUGGUGACUUUAGGAGUGACUAUUUUCACCUUGGCCCAUUCAAAGGGAAGCAAAAAGGUCAAUGAUGGAAAUACGGCACUAGGACUAGCUUACUUGAUAGGAAGUAUGUUGCUUGAUGGAUUGACUAACUCUACACAAGACCAGUUGUUUAAGAUUCCGUUGAAGAAGAAGUUUACUGGGGCCAAAUUGAUGUGUGUUUUGAACUUGUUUAUAUUUAUCCUAACCACAGCAUACGUUGUGCUAUUUCAAAAAUCAGAGAUUAGUACCACCUACCAAUUCAUUCAUCAAUACCCCGAAUUGUUAUACGACAUUAUUGUAUUUGCCGGUUGCGGUGCCAUUGGACAAGUGUUUAUAUUCAUUAUUUUAGAGCAUUUUGACUCAAUUGUAUUAAUCACUGCAACGGUGACGAGAAAGAUGUUGAGUAUGAUCCUAAGCGUUUUCUUGUUUGGCCAUCAUUUGAAUAUAAGCCAAUGGAUUGGUGUCGUGUUGGUCUUUGGUGGGAUUGGAUUUGAGGCUUUUACCAAGUUUCAACAAAAGAGGAAACCUAAAAUUGAUUAA